AGCUGCGACGCGCACCUCAUUUUUUUUUUCUAACCACUAUGUACGGUAUGCUUCUUUCGAACUGUAUAUACGCGCAGUAAAUGGGCAACAUAUCACAGUCCAAAUGCUUCUAAGCAUUAGCUUCUUAAUCCAAAGCAGACGCGACCAAAGAAUAAAGAAAUUCACAAGCAUGUUUUGGGUUGCCUGCUACCACGUGUCAGUUGCGACUCCGGAAACACAGUAGUGACGUAUAUAUACACUUGAAUUAUUUAUUUAUUUAUUUAUUUAUUUAUUCAUUGCUAGAUCGGACCGGGCUGCUAAAAACAAUUUUGCGAAAUAAAUAAAUAAAUAAAUACAAAGGGAGUAUGCUGCAGGCGCGCAGUGGUUAGUGUUCUUAUCUCGCCCUGCUUGAAGAAAAGCCCACAAUUGCCCUUCUCUACUGAGUGCUCAACUGCGCAUAUUUGCAGCAAAAAGACGGCGGGGCCAAUGAAAACAACUUUUUAGAUUGAAGAAACCGGGCGUGGAGGCGCUGGACUUUAAACACUGUCUACUAUGUUCCGACUACUUCUAUAGAUCACUGAGCUGAGCUUGUACUUUUAAAUUUAUUUUCGCAUAAAUUCAAAUAAUAGCUGCUGCCAUUCUUGUACAGAUAGCUUAUUCAGUAUUAUGAGUGACUCGCAAGCGAGCUCUGGCUCUGUUGUGUCGGACCCACAACACGCGUCCAAGCUGCUAAGGGCCCUUCGAACUUUCCGGAAGGAAAAUUGUUUCCAAGAUGCGGUUCUGGUACUUGAUGGAGAAGAGAUCCCGGUCCAAAAGAAUAUUCUGGCAGCUGCCAGUCCUUACAUUAGGACCAAAUUAAAUUAUAACCCUCCAAAAGAAGAUGGCUCUGUAUAUAAAAUUGAACUGCAAGGGAUUUCUGUUGCUGUAAUGAAUGAAAUUCUGGAUUACAUAUUCAGUGGAGAGAUAAAACUGAGUGAAGAAACUAUACAGGACAUUGUUCAGGCAGCAGAUCUACUCCUCCUCACUGAUUUAAAGACCCUGUGCUGUGAGUUUCUGGAGGGUUGCAUUGUUGCUGAAAACUGCAUUGGAAUCCGUCAUUUUGCCCUGCAUUACUGCUUACAUCAUGUUUAUUUCCUGGCAACUGAGUUCCUGGAGACGCACUUUAGAGAUGUUAGUCAGACAGAAGAAUUCAUGGAGCUAAAUCCAGAAAGGCUCAAAGAAAUAAUUGCCUUGGAAAAACUUAAUGUGGGCAAUGAGAGGAAUGUCUUUGAAGCUGUUACUAGGUGGCUUUCUCACGACUUAGAGGCCAGGAAGAUAUAUAUGAAAGAUGUAAUGUCUGAAGUUUGGGUACACGGGUUAGACACUAAUUAUUUACGUGAACAGAUGAUACGUGAUCCUCUAGUAAGGGAUAUUGUUCGUGAGUGUAACAACAUUCCACUAAGCCCACAACAACAAGGGGAGGCUCUGCUUGCAGCUUUUAAACCUCGUGGCUACUCUGAAUGCAUUAUUACUGUGGGAGGUGAGGAUCGCAGCACUCGAAAGCCGUCUGCAGCUAUGCGUUGCAUGUGCCCAUUAUAUGACCCCAACAGACAACUUUGGAUAGAGUUGCAGCCUAUGUCAGAGUCCAGAUGUGGUCAUGGAGUUUUGACUGCAGAGGGAUUUCUGUUUGUAUUUGGAGGAGUGGAUGAAAAUAAAUGCUCUCUUAAAUCAGGAGAAAAGUAUGACCCUGAUACUAAUACAUGGAGUCCUGUUCCAGCAAUGAUAGAGGCUCGGCAUAACUUUGGAAUUGUGGAAAUUGAUGGAUUGAUAUAUGUUCUUGGAGGUGAAAAUGAAGGGAGGGAAUUGAUAUCGAUGGAAGUAUAUAACAUUCACACGAAAACCUGGAGCACUGAAGGGAACUUGACCAUGAUUCGAAAAAUUGGAUGCUAUGCAACAAUGAACAAAAGGAUAUAUGCCAUGGGUGGUGGCUGCUAUGGAAAGUUGUAUGAGUCUGUUGAGUGUUAUGACCCAAAGACACAGCAGUGGACAGCCAUUUGCCCAUUAAAAGAAAGAAGGUUUGGAGCUGUUGCCUGUGGUGUUGGACAGGAGCUUUAUGUUUUUGGUGGGGUUCGUAGUCGGGAAACUGAAGAUGCUCAAGCAGGAGAAAUGUUGACUUGUAAAUCAGAAUUUUAUCAUGAUGAAUUUAAAAGGUGGUUGCAUUUGGAUGACCAGAACCUAUGUAUUCCUAGUUCAUCAUCAUUUGUAUAUGGUGCUGUGCCAAUUGGAGCCAGUAUCUAUGUAGUUGGAGAUUUAGACACAGGCACCAGCUAUGAUUAUGUGAGGGAGUUCAAGAGGAGUACUGGCACCUGGCAUCGAACUAAACCCUUGCUUCCCUCAGAUUUACGGAGAACUGGGUGUGCAACUCUCCGAAUUGCCAAUUGCAAACUUUUCCGACUCCAACUUCAGCAAGGAUUGUUUCGCAUUCGAUUUCCUUCAACCUAAGUUUCUUGAAUGUCAACAACAAAAACCUGCUAAAUGCCUAAUUUGUAAGAACCAGGAAGUACCAAAGAAUAGACUGCACUAUCUAAGCUUCACAAAGCACUACAAAGAAUGCCGUUAUAGUACAUUAUUAGAAUUGCACACAGAUAUCAAAAACUUGAUAUUUACUCAUCCAAAAAACAGGUAUUUGCUGUUUCACUGUCAGAAGAAAACUAUUUAAGAUGGCCCAGUGUUAGCCUCAGAUAAUAAUGGUAUAUGUUAUAAAUUUGAGUGUUUGAACAGAAUAGUUGUGUCAUAAGGUAAAAGUCAAACAAAACAAAAAACUUGCACUGCUAUGUUUUCUCACAUUCAUACAGUUGAAAAGACAUGUACCAUAAAACUGUUUUUUCACUUUGAUACCAUUAAGAAAGAAUUACACAUUGGACUGAAAAAAUACAGGAUUGUUUGCAAAAAAUGGAGUAUGCAUAAAGUGAAAUAAGGUGACCAAACUGCUGGUUGACUGAAAUAAUUUUGUGGUUACAGUCCAUUUAAUUUUUUUUGUUAGAGCUGACCAUUAGAAAUUGUUAUUUUGAAAGUGUCAGGUACACAGUACAAUUCUGUAAAUUUUGGGGUAUUUCCUGCAGUAUGACGUUGUAGAAGCAAAAAAGCCUAACAAAGUGACCAAAAAUAAAAAAAAAAAGUGUAAUUUAAAGGAUUUUAGUUUUAAAAGAUUUGUAGAUCUUAGAACAACAAAACUUAAAUUAAAUAGCUGCACUUUAUCUCAAAGGAUAUUAUUAAGUACUUUUGGAACUAAUAAGUUAGGUGUUUAUUUUCAGGAGAUUUAAAUUAAAUUAUUUAACUCCAAAUAUAAAUAAAUUUAAAAGAGAAUAUUAGUUAACCUUUUACAUGAAAAUGGAGGCUGUCACACAUUUUGAUUUAUAUUUAUUCUAUACAGUAUAUGGCUACAAAGGUAGGUGUGUCCUUUUUUCUGCCAAAUAAAUAUAAAGUAUCAUUCCUCAAAUUUUAAAUCUCAUCAUAGGUUUUUGGAUACAAUCUGCCUUAACUUAAUAAUGCUAAACUCUCAAAAGUCAAGUAAAUCAGUGACAGCUACAUUUUUCUUUCUCAAUUUAAAUUGACAAUAUAACAUGUUACGUUGACAUGGUAUCUCUGGGCUCUCCUUUGUUUUGCAGAUUAUGUUCCAUUUGCAAAAUAGUGAACUAUUUCAGGAGAGUGCCAGUUCUUAACUCCCAAGAAAGACAAUGUUCUCUACACUUGACAUUACGUGCUAAUUAACAGUAUAUCAGUUUACAAAAGUAAAGAACUUAUUUUGAAGACGAUGUUCUUCUAAGGGAUCGGGUUAAAUAAAUAUGUUACAUUUAUUAUGCGUUUUUUUGCUAAUGUGGUCAGAAUAUUAGUCUGUUAAUUGUAUGUAGACAUGUUAAUGAUCUUUUUUUAAACUGGUUACAUACUUUUAAUGGUGGUGUUUAAACAGACGGGAAUUUAAAAAAAGUUUAUAAUUUUUAUUAUUCAAUGUAUUUUUUUUAAAGAGGGAGAGCACUAUAUUGUGUAAGUUGCAGUACUUGUAUUCCUGUGUAAACUUUUAAGUAGACUAAAACAUUCAUACUUCCAGUGUUGCAUGGUGGCCCAAUUUUUAUGUACUGUAAGUGUUUAAUACUAAUAAAAAAAUAAUGUUAUUUUUAUUAGA